CGCGGACGGAGGGAGGGGACGAGGAGCUUAAACCGCAGCCACAGCUCCUCCGCCAUUCAGCCAGACUGCCGACUGAUCCUGGAGGGCCAGGACUGUUCAAUUGCAAAUCCGGAGCCCACCGCAAGCUUCCCCCUGUUUCUCCAGCAGCAGCUCUCUGUGAGACACCCCACACCGCAGCGACAAAAUGCGUGAGAUUGUGCACCUGCAGGCCGGGCAGUGCGGGAACCAGAUUGGAGCCAAGUUCUGGGAGGUGAUCAGUGAUGAGCAUGGCAUCGACCCAACAGGAACCUACCACGGAGACAGUGACCUGCAGCUGGAUAGAAUCAACGUCUACUACAAUGAAGCUUCAGGUGGAAAAUAUGUGCCGAGGGCCAUCUUAGUAGAUCUGGAACCAGGCACUAUGGACUCUGUCCGCUCUGGGCCUUUCGGACAGAUCUUCAGGCCAGACAACUUUGUCUUUGGUCAGAGUGGAGCGGGUAAUAACUGGGCGAAGGGCCACUACACGGAGGGAGCCGAGCUGGUGGACUCUGUUCUGGAUGUGGUGAGGAAGGAGGCUGAGAGCUGCGACUGCCUUCAGGGCUUCCAGCUCACACACUCUCUGGGUGGCGGUACUGGCUCUGGUAUGGGAACUCUGCUAAUCAGCAAGAUCCGUGAGGAGUAUCCAGAUCGUAUCAUGAACACCUUCAGUGUGGUGCCCUCUCCUAAGGUGUCAGACACAGUGGUGGAGCCCUACAACGCCACACUGUCUGUCCACCAGCUGGUUGAAAACACAGACGAGACUUACUGCAUUGACAACGAGGCCCUGUAUGACAUCUGCUUCCGCACCCUCAAGCUCACCACUCCCACUUACGGAGACCUUAACCACCUGGUCUCCGCCACCAUGAGUGGGGUCACGACUUGCCUUCGUUUCCCCGGUCAGCUCAACGCUGACCUCCGCAAGCUGGCUGUCAACAUGGUUCCCUUCCCUCGUCUGCACUUCUUCAUGCCCGGCUUUGCUCCCCUCACCAGCAGGGGUAGCCAGCAGUACAGAGCCCUCUCUGUGCCCGAACUCACUCAGCAGAUGUUCGAUGCCAAGAACAUGAUGGCCGCCUGCGACCCACGCCACGGCCGCUACCUCACCGUGGCCGCUGUGUUCCGAGGGCGCAUGUCCAUGAAGGAGGUGGAUGAGCAGAUGCUGAAUGUGCAGAAUAAAAACAGCAGCUACUUCGUGGAGUGGAUCCCCAACAACGUCAAGACAGCCGUGUGCGACAUCCCGCCCCGUGGCCUCAAGAUGGCCGCGACCUUUAUCGGCAACAGCACUGCUAUCCAGGAGCUGUUCAAACGCAUCUCUGAGCAGUUCACGGCCAUGUUCCGCCGCAAAGCCUUCCUCCACUGGUACACUGGCGAGGGUAUGGAUGAGAUGGAGUUCACUGAAGCGGAGAGCAACAUGAACGACUUGGUGUCCGAGUACCAGCAGUACCAGGAUGCUACAGCCGAGGAGGGAGAGUUUGAGGAGGAGGGAGAGGAGGAGGUGGCCUAAGGCUGAAGUCACUCAUUGUUUCUCAUCUGCACUCAUGACUCCAUCCAACCAUCCAUCCGCUCAUUCCGGUCCUACUCUGCUCUCUUUUUCUUUUCCUAGAGCACUGUCCUUUCCCAGUUUUCUUGUUCCUGUAUUUUCUUAGUUCUUCCCGUUUCUGUCUGCCUCUUCUCCUCAUAUCUCUUGACCCCUGUCCCCCUUUCCUGCCAGAGUAGGACUCACACUUUAAACAUGUAAACACAGUGCUCUUUUAGAGGUAGCUAACACAGAUGUGUGCUUGUGGGUUAUUUGUUAAAUUGUUUUUAUUUUGGAGGGUUUGUUUUGCUUAGUGUUUGUUAAUUAUCAUCGGUUAAACAAUUGCAUACCUGGAACACAUUCACUUCAUUCAAAUAUUAUGACUUGUGUAAUUUGACAUUGAUUAAAAUACAUUUGUGGGAAAAAUA